AUGGCGGACCCGUUCAAAGCUCGGACACUGAAACGCAAGAACGUCAAGGGUCUCGCCCUCAAUGCGGCUCCCAAGGCCACCUCCAACCCAUCCGAUGGCGAUGCCCAAAUCCCCGGGGCGAUUGGGAACACGGACAGCAACCGCACAGAUACGCUGGAAAUCGGCCUGGAAUUCCGACUGGAUCUCCGCAGCGAGGAUCUGUUGCCAUUAAAGGAGCUGGGCGCGGGGAAUGGGGGCACAGUCUCCAAGGUGAUGCAUGCGUCCACCAAGGUGGUCAUGGCGCGGAAGAUCAUCCGAGUCGAUGCCAAAGAGAAUGUACGGAAACAGAUCCUCCGGGAGCUUCGGGUGGGACAUGAUUGCAACUCGACUAGUAUUGUGACUUUCUACGGCGCUUUCCAGAAUGAAGCAAGAGAUAUUGUGCUGUGUAUGGAAUAUAUGGAUUGCGGAUCUCUCGACCGCAUCUCCAAAGAUUUCGGUCCUGUCCGGGUGGAUGUGCUGGGUAAGAUCACCGAGUCAGUGCUGUCCGGUCUCGUCUACCUCUACGAAGCCCACCGCAUCAUGCACCGAGACAUCAAGCCGUCCAACAUUCUGGUCAACUCGCGUGGCAACAUCAAGCUCUGCGAUUUCGGUGUCGCUACCGAAACCGUGAAUUCAAUUGCCGAUACCUUUGUUGGCACCUCCACCUACAUGGCCCCUGAGCGGAUUCAGGGAGGAGCGUAUACCGUCCGUUCCGAUGUGUGGAGUGUGGGCCUGACAGUGAUGGAGUUGGCCGUCGGGCGGUUCCCAUUCGACCUUUCGGAUUCUACGGCAGGAGAUCGUGCUAGCGUGGGACCGAUGGGCAUUUUGGAUCUUUUGCAGCAGAUUGUCCACGAAUCUGCUCCCAAGCUUCCCAAGAGCGAUGCCUUCCCGCCGAUUCUGCAUGACUUUGUCGGGAAAUGCUUGCUGAAGAAAUCGGAGGAACGACCGACCCCGCGAGAACUUUACGACAAGGACGCCUUCUUGCAGGCCGCCAAGCGCACGCCAGUCGACCUUCAAGAAUGGGCUAUUAGUAUGAUGGAACGACACAACCGCAAGUCGUACCUGGCAGCACCAGCACCCAAGUCCCUUAAGGAAAACACCACGCCCGCAUCGAGCACUCCCGCGUCCUCGACUCCGGCUCCGACUCCGGCUCCUGCACCAACAGCGGCCCCUAAACCGGUGUCAAUUAGCAAACCGUCUCGCACUCCGCAACAAUCUCCUUUCCCGACCCCAGCCUCGGGUGAGAUCCCUCUGAACAUCACCCAGGACGUCCCGGCCCACUACCGCCACUACAACCAUCAGCCAUACCAUUACUCAUCGUCUUCGCGAUCCACACGGUCUCCACCCCCGCCUUCCCUGGAGCACCUCUCGUUGGAAACGAGGAAUGACGACGGCCGUUCGGGCCGUCGCCCUAUGCGCCACCUCGGGGACCCUGUUUCUGCCAUCGAAGCACCCUCGCGGCCGUUCAUGAGCCCUCGUUCCGUCAGCUCGCACAAUAGCAAAUCUCGCACUAACCUGAACUCUGCCGCAUUACCCACCCGCGCCGCGCCUCCGCCCAGUGGUCCUCCGCCUCCGCCGCCUAUGCCCGCUGGCAGCAGCUGGCGCGGUUAUUCCGGUCCAAUGCCGGGGAGCAACUCUUGA